AUGUCGCUGCUCUUCAGAUCCAGUUCACCGCCGCUCUUCAGAUCUAGAUUGCCUCCUCACGAUUUUGGCUGCGAUGAUCUAGAUUUGAAGAGCGGUGGCAAACUAGAUCCGAAGAGCAGCGAACCAGAUUUUAUUUUGAUUUUAAUUACUUGUGGCUACCUUCUAAGGAGGUCAUUCCAAAACAAGCCUCAAGAACUUGAUAUAUAUGAUGAAUUAGUCACUUUCUACUACAAACAAUCACUUGAUCACUUCAAUUACCAACCUCAAAGUUAUAUCACGUUUGAUCAAAGAUAUAUCAUCAAUUUCAAGUAUUGGGAAGGUGUCAAUCCCAACAUUCCCAUCUUCGCCUACUUGGGUGCCGAAGGAAGUCUCGAUAAUGACUUAUCUUUUACCCUCCCUUUCGCCUCUCGGUACAAGGCUAUGGUUGUGUAUUUAGAGCAUAGAUUUUAUGGGCAGUCAAUACCAUUUGGUUCUUUAGAGAAGGCUAUGAAAAAUACCACCAUUCGAGGGCAUUUAAGUUCAGCUCAAGCCUUAGCGGAUUACGCCCAAGUGAUUUUGCACGUCAAGAAAAUGUUCGCAGCUGAGACUUCACCAAUCAUUGUCAUUGGAGGCUCCUACGGUGGAAUGCUUGCUUCGUGGUUCAGGCUGAAGUAUCCUCACAUCGCUCUCGGAGCCCUAGCUUCAUCGGCACCAGUCCUCUACUUCGACAACAUUACGCCUCAAGAUGGAUAUUACUCCGUCGUCUCCAAAUCCUUCAGAGAAACGAGCGAAACCUGCUACGAAAUCAUCCGCAGAUCAUGGGCGGAAAUCGACCGAAUCGCCGAGAAGCCGCAGGGGCUUUCGAUUCUGAGCAAGAGAUUCAAAACUUGCGCCAAAUUGAAUCGCAGUUCGGAUCUGAAGGACUAUCUGGAUAACAUGUUCUCGGGAGCGGCGCAGUACAAUUUCCCAUCGGAGAAUCCAGUGGACGCCAUAUGCGCGGCCAUUGAUGGAGAAGCGAAGAAGAAAACGAGCGAUUUGAUUGGACAAGUUUUUGCAGGGGUUGUUGCUUAUAUGGGGGAGAAGCCGUGUUACGAUGUCUCCGAUUCUUGGCAUACUGUUGAUCCCACUGAUCAGUAUAGUUUUCAGAUUUGUAGCGAGAUGGUAAUCCCCAUUGGUGUCAGUGGGAAGGUCGAAUCGAUGUUCCCGACCGCGCCGUUCGAUUUAAACAGCUUCAAAAACGAUUGCAAGGCUUGGUAUGGUGUCUCACCAAAGCCUCAUUGGAUCACAACUUUCUAUGGUGGCCAUGACCUGAAAUUAGUGCUCCAAAGGUUUGCAAGUAACAUAAUCUUCUCCAAUGGGCUGAAAGAUCCUUACAGCAGCGGCGGGGUAUUGCAUGAUAUAUCAGAGAGCAUUGUUGCAGUCACUACUGCUAAAGGGUGCCAUUGCUUAGACAUACUAAGUGCUGAGGUGGACGAUCCCGAUUGGUUGAUAAUACAAAGGAAGACUGAGAUGGACAUAAUUGACGGUUGGAUUUCCAAGUAUCAUGCUGAUCUCUUGCAAUUCAAAAAAAGCGAUUCCCAUUGAAGUACUUACACGUUUAUCGGUCAACAUUCGUCUAUGCUGAUCACCAAUAAAAAUUUGACUUUGAAACUUUUCUAAAUUUUACUUUCCUACUUGUAAAAUAUAAUAGUAAUAAGCUAAAGACAAGUGUUGACGAGUAUUAUUCUCUGUUUCUUACAUAAGAAGCAAAGAUAUUUAUGUAUGAACUGUUGAAGAUCAAAUGGUUGUGGAUCACAUUUCAGAUUAAUCUAAUGGCUAUUUUUCAAAUUUGCAAAA